AAGAUGGGUGGCCAUGCCUUCAAAGGACUAUACUGUCCGCGCAUCUCUCCAACUGUCUACAAAAAGGUCAAAGCACAGGCGACCGCUGCGUUGCAGACUGUCUUCGCACAAGUUGUUGUACCAACUGAGAUGCCCGGCAAGGAUGAUUUCGGUGACGUCGACUUUCUAGUCUGCGAGCCUCUACACUCUCGACACAGCACCUCGAUCGACGACUUUCCCUGGCAGAGCACCGUAUGUCUCAUUAAAGAAGUCCUUGAUACUACCCACGGACGCCAGGGCUAUCUCACCCCAGAUUGCAUGUACUUUGCCAUCGACGCUCCCCACGGCGAAGAAAACUACUUUGUUCAGAUCGACGUCAAGGUCUGCUUCAAGCCCGAGCUGUUUCGUUGGUGCCACUUUGAGCUCAAUUACGCAAGUAAUAGCAAGAUCAUCGGAAGUAUGGUGAAGCCGCUGGGUCUUACAAUCGACCCCGCAGGUAUGCACAUCCGCGUUGAAGAGGUUGAAGAGACAAACUUUCCUGGAAGCAUGGUGUGGAUUAGCAAGGAUCCGAAGGAUGCGCUGCGGGUCGUAGGGUUGGAUCGGAGGAUACUGAACGCUGGCUUCAAGAGCAAGGACGAGAUCUACAAACACUUUGCCAGCUCUUGGCUCUUUCAUCCAGGUCACCUCGCCGCACGACUGGCUGAGGAGAAGUACAACGACCGGCUCGAAGAUCGCGCGCCGCAUUGGACGCCUUUCAUCAAAGAAUGGGUUCCCAAGCAUUACCCUGGAUAUUUUCUCAACAAACGCGUUACCGGAUUGGAGGACAACGGUAGCCAAACUAGCGAGCACGUCGACGCUGAUCUUCAAUUAUGGUAUAAGCAUACCAGGGCAGCUGUCCGCGACAAGGUCUUCACCAUGUUUCCUCACGUUGCAACCGAAUACUACAUCAAGCGCGCCGCCUGGGCCAAAGAAUGCGAGGAGCAGAGACUACGAGAUCUCAUCACUAAUACCAUACCAACCGGCAUCGAUGGAUGGACCAGUAAUGUUUCUCGACCUACCAUCGUUGUCAAGCACCAACAGUCCAUCACUCCUGAUCUCUUACCUGCGAUGAUUGGCGAGAUGACACCACCUUCAACACCGUCCCUCACGCCGAGCUUAUCCAUCACUACCAUAUCUACGACACCCUGCUUACCUGCCUUGUCAUUCUUCCCUCCCCUCUCCUCUACCCAUCCCCAAGAUGUACCAGUCUAUAUCGAUGCCCUCCCACGAACACCACCAGUGCUAUUCAUGCCGCAUCCAUCGCCGGCUAACAUGUCGCCCUCAGCUAAGUUACUCUGUCUCUUCCGCUGGACAUUGUUUGACCCUGAAACUGGUACCCUUUCGCUCGCUACCACGCCGCGCGAGAAGAAGUUCCAGAUGCAGUGGACGGAUGUAAAGUAUGCCGGUGUAACGGAUGAUGAACUCGUGCGGUGGGCGGAGAGCAUGUGGUGGUGUAUCUGGGUGAGACAGGCGGCUGUCAACUACAUGGGUAUGUGGAGGAAGAGAUUUGAGAAAGAGGAUAGUAAGAAGACGAGGGUGUGGAAGGCGACAAGGAUGUGAGAGAGUUGAAAGAGGCACCGAAGCGAGAGGUUGUAGAGGACAGGGCAGAGGAGGUUAGAAGAAGGC